AUGGACGCCGCGCUUUCCUCGCUGCGCGAUGCGAUGCAGGCCGUGGGCGCAGAGGCCAGGGUGCUACGAUCCCGCCCCGCCACGCGCGACUCCCGCGCCUCCACCGACGUCUGGGUGCGCUGCCGGCCGGGGGAGGGGGAGGUACUGGAGGUGCACGUGGCGGUGAUCGGGAACGUGGACAGCGGCAAGAGCACACUGGUAGGGGUGCUGACGCACGCCGCGCUGGACGACGGCAGGGGCAGCGCCCGCGCCCGCGUCUUCACGCACGGCCACGAGCAGAGCACCGGCCGCACAUCGUCCAUAGGGCAGCACAGCAUAUGCUUGGACGCGAGCGGUACUUUCCUGAACGACGCCCAGUACCGCCCUUCCACGGCCUCAGACUAUGUCGCUCGCGCCGCCAAGAUCAUCACGCUGGUGGACCUGGCCGGGCACACCAAGUACUUCAAGACGACGGCGUCGGGUCUGACAGGACACCUGCCCGACUACGCUGCGGUGGUCAUAGGGGCCAACGCCGGGGUCAUCGGCAUGUGCAAGGAGCACCUGGGGGUGGCGCUGGCCCUCCAGAUCCCCACCUUCUUUGUCGUCACAAAAGUGGACCUUGCGCCUGCGCAUGUGGCAAAGCACAGCCUGGAGACGCUCACCACCAUCCUCAAGCACCCCAGCAUACGCAAGAAGCCCUUCAUGAUCAGGAGCAUGGAUGACGUCAUCACAUGCGCCAAGCACCUGCACACUUCCAACCUGGCACCCAUCUUCGUGACCUCCUGCGUCUCUGGCGCGGGCCUGGACCUCAUCCGCACCUUCCUGGACCUCCUGCCACAAAGACACCAGUGGUCCACCAAGCGUGCGGAAGGGGCGCAGUUCAUGAUCAACGAGGUGUUUGGGGUGCCCGGCGUCGGGACAGUGGUGUCCGGGACCGUGCGCUCCGGCGUCAUCGUGCCCGGCUCAGUGCUGGCCCUCGGGCCCGACGUGUCCGACGGCACCUUCAAGCCCUGCGCCGUGAAGAGCGUCCACUUCAAACGGCUCCCAGUCGACCAUGUGGUGGCAGGCCAGACCGCUUCCCUGGCACUGAAGAAGGUCAAGCGCAGCGGCGUGCGGAGGGGCAUGAUCCUGGCCGACCCCGGCCUGCACUGCAGCGCCGGCUGGGAGUUUGAGGCCGAGAUCGCCGUGCUCACGCACUCCACCACCAUCCAGACCCGGUACCAGGCCGUCAUCCACUGCGAGGCGGUGCGCCAGUCGGCCCAGGUCGUGGGCAUGGACAGGGACCGGCUGCGGUCUGGGGACCGGGCCACCGUGCGCUUCCGCUUCCUGCAGCACCCCGAAUACUUGACCCCGGGGGCCCGUUUCGUGUUCCGGGAGGGCAAGACCAAGGGCGUGGGCCGGGUGGUGGGCUUCGCGGAUGAGAAGCGCAAGGCGUAG